UAAAAUUUUUGGUGCUAGCACGUAGAGCUCGUCGUUUUGCCUCAAAGGACUCUCAAAUCUACCAAGGAUUGAGAGAGCAAUCAAAAUUUGAAGUUGUAAAAGAAAAAAAAAAAGAAAAAAGAAAAUAAAGAGGAACAGAGAGGCUGCGGGAGAGAAGAAAACAGUGAACAAGAAAAAAUGAAAAAAAAAACGUGAUCUUAUGAUCACUUUACAAAAGUUGUGGGUCCCACCUUUUUUUUUUUUCUUUUUUCUUUUCUCUUUUUCUUUAUAACUUACAGACAUUACAACAUUGGCAGCCUUAAAUUAUGGAUGUGGUAAUGGCGCCGCGCCCACCAUAUCCAAGGACUAGAAUGACCAGAGUAUUCUCAACUUUCUUCUUUAAGGGUCAUCAGACAUCAAAUUAAUUUUUUUUUUUUUUUUCUUACCUAAAAAGAUAAAAGUAAAAAUAAAAAAUCUUUAUGUUUCUUUACCUGGGAGAGGAAGGAGAGGAGGAUCCAAUCAUCCAAAGUUCAUGUGCACAAAAAGUAUGUGUAAACGUGUUUCUUGCAUGUGAUCCAAAAAAAAUAAAUAAAUAAAGAAAGAAAGAAAGAAAGAAAGAAAAGAAAAGAAAAGAAAAGAAAAAAGUAGCAUCUGAAAAAUCUGCCAUAGACUCAUAAAAGUCUUUCUUAUCUUCUAUGUUUUUUUUUUGCCCACCCCCUAAUUAUAAGAAUUAUAUACGAAAAGCUGUCGGAGACUUUUAAAAUCUCUUUAUGUUCUGGUAUUUUUUUGGCCCACCAACUCUCGACGCGACUUUAAAAAUCCAGUACUAGUUGGGCUGCUCUCUCUCUCUCCUUUCCUGUGGGAAAUACUCACUUCGAUUCUGUCCAGAACAACAACAAAAAAAAAAAAAAUCAUGUAUCUUUGUCAUUUUAGAAUGAUCAGCACCGUCUAUCUCAUCAAUCAUCUUUUGUUUAGCGGAGCAGCUGGCUCGCCUGACUCGGUCCAGUAUUCCCCAGCAGAUGACAUCGCUGUUAACUGUGGUUCCUCUAGCAAUGCAGCUGCUUUUGAUGGCCGGGAAUGGAUUGGAGAUAUGGGUUCCAAGUUUACUUUACCAGAAGUGGAAGGCAAAUCAGUAAGCUCAUCAACAACUGUCCACCAAUUACCUUACGCAGAUCCUGUUCCCUACAUGACGGCUCGGAUCUCUCGUGCUCAAUUCACAUACAAAUUUCAACUCGCACCUGGCCAAAAAUUCAUUCGCCUACACUUUUUUCCAGCUUCAUACUCUGGCUUUGAAAGAUCAAAGGCCUUUUUCACUGUUAAAGCAGGUCCGUACACCCUCCUCAGAAAUUUCAGCACUUCCCUUACUGCUGAUGUUUUGGGUGUAAGAUAUUUUGCAAAAGAAUUUUGUGUCAACAUUGAAAAAAAUCAAGUAUUCAGCAUAACAUUUUCUCCGUCUAAAAAUAGUGCAACUGAUGAUGUUUAUGCUUUUAUCAACGGGAUUGAGAUCGUCUCCAUGCCCGCCGGUCUUUAUUACACUUCCGAUGGUGAUUUGGGCCCUCGUGUCGUUAACAACAAGUUUUUCCGAUACUAUAUUGAUAAUGACACUGCACUAGAGACAGUUCACCGCUUAAAUGUUGGAGGGAGAUCGAUUAUGUCAGUAGAAGAUUUGGGUUUGUUUCGUAUGUGGUAUGAUGACAAGAAUUACUUGCUACAAUCAAGUCUUUUACGGGUCAGUGCCAGCAAUAUGAUUGCAUACACAAACAUACCCACAUAUUCCGCACCACUACAAGUUUAUCAAACAGCGUGGUCAAUAGGUUCAAACCAACAAAUGAACCAAGUGUACAACUUCACAUGGAAACUACCAGUAGAUUUGGGAUUCAGGUAUCUGGUUAGGCUCCAUUUUUGUGAACUCCAACCCACCAUCACUAAGACCGGCCAAAAACAGUUUGGUCUCCUGAUAAACAAUAACAUCAUUGAGGCUGAUGCAGAUGUGAUCAAAUGGAGCGGUGGAAAUGGGAUUGCAGUAUACAAGGACUACGUGGUCAAGAUGGAAGGAGAUGGGACAGAGUGCAAGCGUGAUCUAAUCAUAGCUUUGAAGCUCAAGUGUGAGUCAAGCACUGAAAAGGUUGAUGCAAUCCUCAAAGGCAUAGAGAUAUUUAAGUUGGGAAAUCUUGACAAUAAUCUUGCCGGAUGUAAUCUUGUUUUCACAGCACAUGAUCCGAUAUCAAGGAUUCCAAGACUUCGAAAAUUAGCUUUGGCUUUUGGCAGUACAAAUAUUAUUGCAACAGGUAUAAUUCUUGUACUCACAAUAUUGAAUUUCAUUUUUUACCAUUUAAAUAGUUUGGAAUCAAACUCUAGCAAAAAAAACAUCUCAUCGUCAUUGGAUGAGGAGUUGCACCGAUGCUUCUCACUUGCUGAGAUCCAGUUGGCCACAAACAACUUUGAUGAUGGACUAGUCAUCGGUAAAGGUGGAUUUGGUAAUGUGUACAAAGGGCUCAUCGACACGACCAAGUGUGUUGCCAUAAAACGGUGGAAUUCGCAAUCCAAACAAGGGGCUCACGAGUUUUGGGCUGAGAUCAGCAUCCUUUCAAAGCUUCGGCACAAUCAUCUUGUCUCUUUGAUUGGCUACUGUGAUGAUUCUGAGGAGAUGAUCCUAGUUUACGAGUACAUGGCUCGAGGGACCCUUAGUGACCAUCUCCACAAAGCUAGGAGAAAUGGUACUGGUAAUUCUCCUCUUUCCUGGGAACGCCGACUCAACAUUUGUAUUGGUGCUGCACGGGGGUUGGACUUCCUGCAUACGAGUAGUAGUGCCCGCCGUGGAAUCAUACAUCGAGAUGUGAAGAGCCCAAACAUUUUGCUGGAUGAAAAUUGGGUAGCUAAGAUUUCGGAUUUUGGAUUGUCGAAAAUGGACACUGCAAACAUAUCGCGCACCCACAUUAGCACUAACGUUAAAGGCACAAUUGGGUAUAUUGAUUUGGAUUAUUUCAUGACUCAAAGAGUGAGUAAGAGAUCAGACGUUUUCGCGUUUGGUGUGGUUUUGUUCGAAGUAUUGUGUGGGAGGCAGGCUGUUGACUCAACACUUGAGGAGGAGCAGCAUAGUCUAGUCCUAUGGGCCCGACAGUGCAUUCGAAAAGGAACAAUUGAUCAACUCGUUGAUCCCAAUGUGAAGGAGCAAAUCUCACCUCAUUGUUUAAGAGGGUUUGUGGAAAUUGCCAACAAAUGCUUGCAUGAUCAACCAAAUGAACGGCCUACAAUGGCUGAAAUAGUGGCGAGACUCAAUUUAAUUACAUUGGAAUUGGAAGGAAGGGCUGACUCUUAUACCGAGCAAGAGGUUAUCAAUGUUGAUGGGGCUUGCAAGCAUGAUUUUGAAUCGAGUACUACAUCGGAGGAUUCUUCUCCGGUGUCUUGCCAUUACAGUAUACCUCUUGUGGAAGUAACAAAUGAUAUCAGGGUGGAGAGUAUUUUACCUGGAACAACGAAAAUUAUGAAAGUUGGGAAAAAGAAACAUGAUGGUUUUAAUCUUGGAUGGGGGUUGGGUAGGCGGUGGGGCUCACUUUUACCGUUCCAUAAAUCUUCAAAGAAAAAAGCUUAUCGGCUGCCAGAAGUACUUUGUCGUCGCUUUUCACUGGCAGAGAUUCGAGCCUCCACGAACCGUUUUGAUGAUCGCCACCUAAUCAGAGGAAGUGAUCGUAGUAAGGUUUAUGCGGGUUAUAUACAAAAUAAGACCAUGGUUGCUUUCGAGCGGUUCAACAAAGAUUAUUCUUGUGAUUGGUUUUGCUCGGAGUUGGAGGUGCAGUCCCAGCUUCAAUGCAUGAACGUGGUGUCCUUGGUUGGGUACUGCUAUGAUAGGCAUGAAAUGAUCUUGGUGCAUGAAUACAUGGCCAAUGGAAGCCUAUCCGAUCUUCUUCACAAUACCAGCAAUAAUAAUCCUCUGUCAUGGAAGCAGAGACUCCAAAUCUGUAUUGGUGCUGCACGAGGACUGAACUAUCUUCAUACAGGAGUGGAGAAGAAGGCAAUUUUCCAUGGUGACGUGAAGUCUUCCAACAUUCUCUUGGAUCAAAGCGGCGUUGCAAAGAUUGCAAAUAUCGAUUUACACUUUUUGCUUCGCUCCAACAAUCAGAGAUUCCUCACCACAGUGGUUGCAGGCACACUUGGCUAUCUAGAUCCAGAGUUUUUUCAUACAUCUGAAUUAACUCGAAAAUCUGAUGUUUACUCAUUUGGCGUGCUGUUGCUUGAAGUGUUGUCUGGGAGGCAAGCAAUAUCGGAAAACCAGCGGCUUCUAUGCACGUGGGCCAGAAAUUGCAUAGACGAAGGGUCAGUUGAAGAGAUUAUUGAUCCAUAUCUGAUGGGGAAGAUAUCGCGUCUUUCUUUGAACAUGUUUGUGAAAUUUGCUAGAAAGUGCUUGUCUCUCAGAGGGACGGAACGCCCUUUAAUGAGUGAUGUUGUGAGCACACUUGAGCUCGCUCUGCAAUUGCAGGAAACUGCUGAUGCCCGAUUGGAGAAUGUGGUGAAUAAAAUGGUUGAGCCUCCCAAUUACAAGAAAAGAAGAGACUCCUUUUAAGGGACUAUUAGAAGCAAUCAAUUAUGGUUCACAUGAGUUAUUCUCAUCAGAGUGGCAUCCUGAUCUUUUUCAUCAUCUUUGCAAGACAGAGCUCUCUGGCCCAGGUGAAUAACUUUUGUUCUUGUAAAACUUAAUAUAGGUUGGCUUCCAUCUUUUAAGAUAUUUAUUUGUAUGAAUAUAUAUAUAUAGAGAGAGAGACAGAGAUUGUAUGUGUGUAUGUGUUUUAAAGCUAAAUAUGUCAUCAGCUAAACUUUGAUGUUAUCAGUUGUACACUACUAGUGUAAUUUGGAGAACUUCGAUGUUAAUUUCUUCAAGAAAAGCACGUGUUGUUCUGUUUUUUUUUUUUUUUUGGUCCUUCUACCAAAAGCAAGCUGUUGUUGUUCUGUCUUUUACAUAAGAAAUGAUUGUGCAGUCGAAUAGAUGGUGCUUAUUGUGAAUUGAUGUUAAUCCUAUAUGUCAUUUGCAUGCUAUGAUGUUUCUGCUUUUAAAGCAUAUGAAAAUGUCUAGACAA